CCGGUCAACUGUUUUUGCGCGUUUGACUUUUCUUUGGUGUCUCAUAAAGGUGCAAUGCAAGCUUUGUAGUAGUGGGCGGCUUGUGAACCAAUGAAAAGUCAAUAAAAAGUUUCUUAAAAUAAACACAUUUACAGACAUGAGGGCUUUCUUCUUCAUUUAAGGCAUCUUCACGUUCUAGCUAGGUCGUUCCUUGCACAUAAAGGUAUCAAGACCAGACAAUUGGAUUCUUUUCCCAUAAAAGUUUCUAGACAAAUAUUUGAAUUCCUGUACAUAAUGAUUUCAUAUAUAAUAUUGGCAAAUUACUCUGACUAAAUAACUGUGAAAAUUUUGGGUUAUUGAUACAAAAAAAACUAGAAGUAGAACAGAAUACGAAUAAAAUUUGGUUUGGAAUUAUAAUUAUUGUUCCUUUAUAUGUUUUUACUAGGAAAAAUGAAGUAUUGAAAUAUGUUUUGAUCAUAUAGCUUAAGAAUGGGUUAAAAAGAAUGUGAAAUGAUACGUACGGUUUUGACUUUUGACAAAAUUAAGUAACUCUUAUAGGCAUGUAGCUAAUACUUUUGAUAUUGAAGCUUCAUCAAGUAAGCUUUUUGACUUGAGAUAAACUCAAAGAGUCAUCUUUUUUCUUAAGAUAUAACCAUAGGAGGUUUUAAUAAGUCAAUUUAAUUAUUUCUUCACUCUAUAAAAUCCCUCCUUUUCCAAUAACAUUCCACACCAAAAACACAAGAAACAUCUUGAGAAACUAAAGAAUCUAAAAGAAGGCAAAGAAGAAGAAUUGAUAUUGAGAGAUGGAGCACAGAAAGUCAUACGUGCUUGUAGCUCUCUUCGCAUUGCUUCUCUUGACCGAUAUUGUCAUUGCUGCGAGCGAUGGCGGCAAAGACAACGGUAAUAACGGCCAGGGACAACUAGAGAAGGCUAAAGGAGAAGAUGCUGGCAAAGGCAAAGGCAACGGUAACGGUCCAAAGGACAAGGAGAAAGAGAAGAAGGACAAGAAGGAGAAAGACGAGAAGGAGAAGAAGGCCAAGAAGGAGAAGGAAAAGAAAGAGAAAGAGGAGAGGGAAAAGAAGGACAAGGAAAUGAAGGAGAAGGAGAAGAAGGAAAAAGAGAGGAAGGAGAAGGAGAAGAGGGACAAGGAGCAGAGUGAAGCAGCUGCUAGAUACAGGGUGCUUUCACCAUUGCCUACAGGACAAGAGCAAGCCAUGUGCCAGGCUAAGGGUGCAUGUUAUUACAAAACUCUUGUUUGUCCCGGUGAAUGUCCCAAGAGGAAGCCCACCAAGAACAGAAACACCAAAGGUUGCUUCAUUGACUGCACUAGCAAAUGCGAAGCUACAUGCAAAUGGAGAAAAACGAACUGCAACGGCUACGGUUCUCUAUGCUACGACCCUAGAUUUGUUGGAGGGGACGGUAGGAUGUUCUAUUUCCACGGAUCUAAAGGAGGAAACUUUGCGAUCGUUUCAGACAACAAUCUCCAGAUCAACGCUCACUUCAUCGGUACAAGACCCGCUGGAAGAACCAGAGACUUCACAUGGGUACAAGCCCUAAAUGUCAUGUUCGAAACUCACAACCUCGUGAUCACAUCCAAUAGAGUGACUCAAUGGGAUGAAAACUCUGACGCAUUUACCCUUAGAUUCAACCAAGAACUCAUCACACUACCUGAAGACGAGCAAACCGAGUGGAGGGCAACUUCGGGAAAAAGAGAGAUUAUCAUCGAAAGAACCGACGAGAGAAACAGCGUGAGAGUUCUCGUCUCUGGUCUUGUUCAGAUGGACAUCAGAGUAAGACCUAUAGGGAAAGAAGAGAACAGAGUUCACAACUAUCAGUUGCCUCAAGAUGACGCUUUUGCCCAUCUUGAGACUCAGUUCAAGUUGUUCGACCUAAGUGAGCUUGUGGAGGGCGUUUUGGGGAAAACCUACCGUCCUGAUUACGUUAGCUCCGCCAAGGUUGGAGUCCCAAUGCCUGUGGUGGGAGGAGAAGACAAAUACCAAACGCCUUCUCUGUUCUCGCCGACUUGUAGACUCUGCAGGUUUAAGCCUCAUGAAGAACCACUCUCUGCUGAUAUCUAA